CCAUGCUUUUGGAACUUGCCAGAUAAACUCUUCAGACCGUAAUUGUUAUAUUUACAAUUACCUGAGUCAGUUAACUUACAAACAAGUAAAUAAUAAUAUUAUUGAAGAAUUAAAAAAAAAUGACACUCUAAACAGUACUCGCAAUAUAAAGAAAAGAAACAAGCUAUUUUAUAGAUCAGUAAUUGUCGCCGAUGCGUAGGUAGCCUUACACAUUCAUUACCUGUUUUUAAGGAUAUCCUUUAAAAUGGCGGAUGCUUUUGGUUCUGAUCUGUUUGAUGUUUUUCAAGAUUCUUCAACUAAAGAAUCCCAAGGAACAUCCAAAGAGAAACAAGAUGACAAAAAGUAAGAAUAUAGAAAUAAAAUUAUUAAAUAUCUUUUCAGCUAAUAAUCUAUAGUCUAUAUAUUGUUUUGGCAUUUAUUGGACUGGGUCAAUAAAACUCAUUUCUGUUUCUGGUUGACAAGUUAAAGUUGAAGUGGUUGUAUACUACGUAAUAUGUAUAUUAUAUGCCAUAAGAUGUAGGCACUUGGAUACAAAAUUAAAAAAAAUUCAAAUAAUUUUUUUAAUAGCACAGUUAGUUAGAGCUAAUUUCAAAUUAAAAAAAUGAAACCAGAAUCAACUUUUUAGCUUAAGUACUUUUUGAGCUAUGAAUUUUUAAAGUGUGAGUUCGUUUGGUAUUUUUUACUAUGGACGAAACCUCCACAUCUUGUGACCUCAUUCCGCUGAUCGCGUCAUGCGCAAUGACUAUAUACUUUAUAUAAGGCAACGCAUCGCCUUAUCACUAAAAUACUGUUUAGGGUCGACUUAGUUUAAAUAGAUACUUCGAUGAAACAAGGGAGACUACUAUUUUUUUUGUAUCGGAAAUGGCUGUCGGCGCCGAAAAAUCCGAGUUUUUAAUUUUCCGAUGUGUGUGUCUAUUUAUUAUUAAAUUAGUUCUUUCCACAUAUAUUUGAGUUCCGUUUCCGGCCUUAUAAUUUGGAAGACAUCUUGGCCUACAUUUCUAGCCAGCUAUUUUGCUUUUUUCAAUCUUUGGUAUAUAUAAGGCAUCUUCGCAUACAAAAUUUUUUGUGAAAUAAUUAGAUAAGGUCCUUUUUGAUUAAAUCUGUAUGAUCAUUAGAUAUUGAUCUAUAUUUGUGCCAAGUUUCAUUGAUGUAGGUCAUGUCUCACGUUUGUUACACUUGUCACAGUGACCCAUAUCACCAUAAGGUGGCUCAGCCUAAUUUCGACAUGGCGUGGGCCACGCCCCCUUUUUAAUGGCGGAAGUUGCCGAUACUUAGGAAAUAUUUAAUUAUUACCACUAUAUACAUCAAAAUAUUUUAUAUUUUGUGUUUCAGAAUGCAUUUUGAAGACAUUUAAACUGGAAAUGUUUUAAUUUGAGCUUUAAAAACCCUGCAGAGUCCAUAUUAUAAAUGAUCAGAAUUUUCCCUGUGCAACACGUUGUCAUUGGCAACCAUUCACAGCCACUUGCAUAACGGCUACGUCGUAGUACUAUCUCAGAGUUUCAUUCAUAAGAGUUUGCCGUGUGCAAAUGGGCCACGCCCCCUUUUUAAUGGCGGAAGUUGCCGAUACUUAGGAAAUAUUUAAUUAUUACCACUAUAUACAUCAAAAUAUUUUAUAUUUUGUGUUUCAGAAUGCAUUUUGAAGACAUUUAAACUGGAAAUGUUUUAAUUUGAGCUUUAAAAACCCUGCAGAGUCCAUAUUAUAAAUGAUCAGAAUUUUCCCUGUGCAACACGUUGUCAUUGGCAACCAUUCACAGCCACUUGCAUAACGGCUACGUCGUAGUACUAUCUCAGAGUUUCAUUCAUAAGAGUUUGCCGUGUGCAAAAGCUUUUAAACCAUUGGUCAGGGAAAGCUUUUAUUAAUUAUUCAUGUGCCAAAGUUGAAAGUUUAAAAUAAGUCGACCCUAAACAGUAUUUUAGUGAUAGGGAAUGCGUUGCCUUAUAUAAACUAUAUAGUCAUUGCGCAUGACGCGAUCAGUGGAAUGAGGUCACAGAAUGUGGAGAUGAAGUCCAUGUUAAAAAAUGACAAACCAAGUCGUACUUUAAAAAUUCAUAACUUUAAAACUACAACAGCUAAAAAUAUGAUUUUGGUGUUAUAAUUCUGUUUAAAAUUAGCUCUAUUCAACUGUGCCAUUGGUUUAUUUUUAAAAAAUGUUUACAUUUUUGACAAAAGUAUCUAGUUUAAACUUAAACUUUCAACUUUGGCACAUGAAUAAUUAAUUAAAGCUUUCCCUGACCAAUGGUAUAGAAGUUUUUGCACACGGCAAACUCUUAUGAAUGAAACUCUGAGGUAGUACUACGAUACAGCCGUUAUGCAAGUGGCUGUGAAUGGUUGCCAAUGACAACGUGUUGCACACUGUAAAUUCUGAUCAUUUAUAAUAUGGAUUCUACCGGGUUGUUAAAGCUCAAAUUAAAACAUUCCAGUUUAAAUGUCUUCAAAAUGCAUUCUGAAACACAAGUUAUCAAUUAUUUUGAUGUAGAUAGUGGUAAUAAAUUAAUAUUUCCUAAGUAUCGGCAACUUCCGCCAUUACAAAGGGGGCGUGGCCCACCCCAUGGCGAAAUUAGGUUGAGCGAGCUGCAUGACCUGCUGCGAACGCGUAGAAACAUAGCGUCUCUCGUAAGACACUUAUCGCUGUGAAAAUUGGCAUACAUGUAGAUCAAUAGAUUCCCCAGAUGCAAAAAAAAUUUGGUAGUGACAAAUUUUUUCCUUCGACUUAAUUUUAAUGAAAUGUCUUCAAAAUGCAUUCUGAAACACAAGUUAUCAAUUAUUUUGAUGUAGAUAGUGGUAAUAAAUUAAUAUUUCCUAAGUAUCGGCAACUUCCGCCAUUACAAAGGGGGCGUGGCCCACCCCAUGGCGAAAUUAGGUUGAGCGAGCUGCAUGACCUGCUGCGAACGCGUAGAAACAUAGCGUCUCUCGUAAGACACUUAUCGCUGUGAAAAUUGGCAUACAUGUAGAUCAAUAGAUUCCCCAGAUGCAAAAAAAAUUUGGUAGUGACAAAUUUUUUCCUUCGACUUAAUUUUAAUGAUGAAAGUUGCCUUAUAUUUACCAAGGAUUUUCUCAAAGCUGACUGAUUGUAAAUGAAAAAGAAAUUGAUUAAAAUGUAGGCCAAGAUGUCUACCUAAUUAUAAGGCCGAAAACGGAACUCAAAUAUAUAUGGAAAGUACUAAUUUAAUAAUAAAUAGACACACACAUCGGAAAAUUAAAAACUCGGAUUUUUUGUCGCCGAUUGCGAAAUCCCAUACACAAAAAGUAGUAGUCUCCCUUGACUUACCGAAGUAUCUAUAAGAUGUCUUACUCUUGCCUUACCCAUUGUUUUUAGAGUAAUAAAUCUUAAGCCCCAUAAUCUAUGAUAAAUGCAAAGAAUGGCUGCCAUGUUUUUCUGUCAACUUGGUUGACACGACCAGUUAAUUCUGUCACUAAACCUAACUAAAUCAUAUUAAGACUAAAUGUAGAAUGUAGAUACUUCGGUAAACCAAGGGAAAAAAAUAGUUUUUGUGGGUAACCCUUUUUGUGUAUCGGAAAUGGCAAUUGGCGCCGAAAAAUCUGAGUUUUUAAUUUUCCGAUGUGUGUGUCUAUUUAUUAUUAGGGAAGCGUUAUACGCAGUCGGCUGCGCAUAAUCCUGAGAGUUAUUCCCAGCCGACUGCGUAUAACUCUCAGGGUUAUACGCAGUCGGCUGGGAAUUUAGCCAAAUAAUGUUUAUUACCGCUAGUUUGGCAAUUUCCAAAAAAAUAUUAUGCGUAAUUAGCCGCAUUAUGGGUUGUUUUGAACUAUAACUUUUAAUGUGUUUAACGUAAGACUUAAAAUUUUAAUUGAAUUAAUUUUAAUUAAUUUUGUAUAAUAGUAAUAGUAUUAGUGCUAUUAUUAGUAUUGCUUAUAUCUGAUAAAUUAUAAGUCAAAGUCUAAAUUACUUAGAGUCUAAGACUAAGAAGAUGAUUAUGCCUUAAGGCAGCGGUUCUCAACCUGUGGGUUGUGACUCCUUUGGUGGUCGAAUGACCAUUUCCCAGGGGUCGCCUAAGACCAUCGGAAAACACACACGCUCAAAAGUUACGAAGCAGCAACGAAAAUAAUUGUGUGUUUGGGGGUCGCCACAACGUAAGGAACUAUAUUAAAGGGUCGCGGCAUUGGAAAAGUUGAGAACCACUGCCUUAAGGCAUUUCCUUGGUUUAAGUCUGGUUCUGUAUUCUGAUUGAUUAGGUUUUUAUAUGUUGCUAUGACUAUGUGGUUGGUUUCACUGACUAAUUCAGGAAAUACAUUCUAUUUAUUUUUAAAAACUCGUAUAACUUAUUUUAAUUGAGGGGGGGGGGUGACCUAAAUGUAACAGUUUUCAGCUUCCAUGCAAAACUAUAACUUUAUAACUGUGUGAAAGUAUUACCUACAGAGCCCCCUGCCCCUACAGCUAUUUGUUUCUGCUACUCUCCACCCCUGAUUAUAAUUCUAAUCAUGUUUUAACAUUUUUUAGCCAAAACAAAAGUGAAAUAAUUAACCGAGCUGUUGGUUCAUUCUCGAGAACAAACAUAAAAUCUAACACAUGUUAUACAAUCUUGACCGGCCCUUGGCUGGAAUUGAACUCCCAACCACCAACUUAAGAUUUCCUCAGUUUAAACCCUUUGACCACCUAGUUAUCUUAAUAACGUGGUUCCUUUAUCGCCUCAUGCUGUAAUACAGGAAGUAUGUAGACCUCACGUGACUUGCCGACUGCGUAUAACUCUCAGGGUUAUACGCAGUCGGCUGCGUAUAACCACUCCGUUAUUAUUAAAUGAGUACUUUCGACAUAUAUUUGAGUUCCGUUUUCGACCUUAUAUUUUGAUAGACAUCUAUCUUGGCCUACAUUUACAUUAAUUUGUUUGGAUUUUUCAAUCGACCUGUGUAAGGCAUCUUUCACUAAAAAAUUAGUAUAGAAUUUCAACUUUUAUGUCCAUCAUAAAAAAAAGUCUUAUUCUGUAUUAUCUAUCAAUGUAUAUUUGUGUCAAUUCUCAUUGAGUUAGGACAUGUCGGUCACUUGUUAUGCUCACUUGAGUAAACCUCUAUAUGGUAAUGUAGCUCAGCCAAAUUUCGAUGAGGAAGUGGCCACGCCCUCUUUCAGUGGCGGAAGAUACUGUUACUUAGGAAAUAUAUAAUUAUUUACAUCAAAAUAUUUGAGAACUAAUGUUUUAGAAUGAAUUUAAAUGUUAUUGAAAGAAUAAUAUUUUAAUUUGAGGUUAAAAAACCCGGCAGAGUCUAUAUUAUAAAUGAUCAAAAUUGUUCCGUGUGCAAAAUGUCAUGGCUGCCAUUCACAGUUACUUGCAUAAUGGCUAUUAUUUACUAUUAUCUCAGGGUUUCCAUUCAUAAAAGUUUGCUGUGUGCAAAAGCCGUUAAACUAGGUCAGGGAAAGCUUUAAUUAAUUAGUCAUGUACCAAAGUUGAAAGUUCAAUAGUUCCCAAACAGUAUUUUCGUAUAAGGCAUGAGUUGCCUUACAAAGACUAUAUAGCAAAUAUCGGUAUAAUGGACGUCGCAGACCUGUUUACCCCCAAACUCUUAAAAUCGUACAAUAUCACCACAAAAUUGUUCAAUACAUUAUCUUAAUAGUAAAAAAAACACACAGUGUAUAAUAAUGCAUACACCUCAAAAUCGUACAUUGUACGCCAAAAUCGUAAGAGUAAACAGGUCUGACGUCGUAGAUUUGGUAAACAGAAAAUUUAUAAUAUUAAUACAUUAUAUUAAAUUUACUGAUAUAAAUAGUGCGAUAUUAGAUAAGCUACAAUUUAUCUAUAAUUGUUAACAUUAUGAAACGUAAUACAGCAUUAGUUCUGAAAAUAAAAUUAUCAUUAAAACAAGAGUUAUAUAGCUUUUGACGCGAACAGCGGAAUUGGGUCACAGAAUUUCGAGAUGGGGGUCCAUGUUAAAAAAGGACAAUUCUACCAAGUUUUAUGUGUAGUUUGUGCGUUUCUCAAGAACUCGUGCCACCCUUAGUCAUGGGCUUUGUUUUUCAGUUUUUGUUAUUGAAAUGAAAGCAUCUUUAUGCUUGUUUUGUGUACUUUUUUGUCUUAGAGUGCGAGGGAAUGGUAUUCCUGCAUCUUUUUUUUAGCCCAUUUAACUUAACUUUAACUUACAUUUUUAUUUUCUUAAUUAAACAAAUGUGAGUUUUGACUCCGUAAUUGUAAAAAUAAAUCACUGCAGCACUGAUACUGACAACUAAGUGUAUCCGCUCCUAAAAUGUAAAUAAAUGAAGCACAAAGUAUGGGAAAACCUGAAAAAAAAAAUGCAACAUUAGAAUAAACAUGUCAGCAAGAAUAAGAAGUCUUCUUCAGCUAACAAACAACAGUGAAACCAAAAAAAUUACAAUAAAAAUUUUGCUGCAAUUUAGUGUCCAAGAGGGUAGCAGGAGAAAUGUGAUAGACCAUUAGUAGUUAAGAGAGUUAAAAUAGGCAAUAUGGGACGGAAGAGAGGCAAAGUAAGUCCACAGGGAUUGGUUGUAACAAGUACAGGGUGGAGAAAAGAUUUAUCAAGGGAAGGAGAACAUGAUAUUGAUACCAUUAGGUGUCAAGCAGCUAAGUAUUUAUUUUAAAUGUUACAUUACCUCAACGACACACGCACGCAGACAGAAAGAUGACAGACGACAGACAGAUGACUGACAGACAGACAGAGCUGAUGUGGUAAAACGUAACACUGACUUCACGGAUAUAGAGAAUUGUUGGAAUAAACUCCUUUGUAUUAAUGAAGGAAAAACUGCUGGCUGGUGAUUUGAUUUCUGAGAUGAUAAUUUGGUGCUUGGGGCUAUAUUUUUGUCAUUCCAUAUUUUCUUGAGCUUUAUAUAACUACAUAAUAUACAAAUUCUGACAUUUCAGCAUAUGCCUUCAUCAGUUGUUCUGUAGCGUGAGACCCCAAAACAAGCCAUGUUAUGAUUAGCAUUAGAAGAGCUCUUUUGAACAAAAAUGACAAGACUAAUAGGCUCUCUCACUAACUGCGAUAAAAAGCAAAAAGCAACCACCUAAAGAAUAUUUUAAUCUUAAGGUUCACUGUCAUUUUAUUCUAAUUUUUUUUUCCCAGAGUUGACAAGCUCUUCAGUCAGAUUGCAGGGCAGAAAAGAGCAGCUGGUGAUGGAGAUGAUACAUCAAAGAGAGCAAGAACAGAAGAGAAAAUGUAAUUGAUCUAAAUCUAUUCCUAGUAUUUUUUAUUUCAUUUAUAUGGAUUGAAUCUCAAUGUCCUGUAUGCAUUCUCCAUGUCGCAUGAACCUAAAGGCAAUGAGGCAUGAGCAUAGGUGCCCCACGGCAAAUAAUAUUUCUUUAAUUGAUGUGACCUUGAAAGAAGUCUAAAUAUCUAUACAAAACAAUUUAUAGGAAAGGAAAAACAAAAGAAGUAAGGGAAAUAACGCACACCAAAUAUUUUCAAGGGAUAGUUUAUCAACAAAGGCUGGCUUACGAGUGACUGUGUCAUGUAAAAACAGAGAAAUGAGAUAGAAAAAGAUGUAUGAUUAAAGUUGACUCUUUUACUGCGACAUUUUUUAAAUGAAAAAACUUACAUUUUUUUCAAAGAGCAAAAAAGAGAGAGAUGUUGGAUUUAUUUAAAAUAUUGUUUGGUUUAUAAGGCUAAAUUUGGUAUCAAUUGAAAGAUAAUUGCAUAGUAAGUUUGUAAACUUAUUUCUUCAAAAAAAAAAAAAAAAAGAAAACUUAAAACUUGAAAACAUGAAAAUUAUUUAAAAUAUUUUUUGGUUUUAAAGGCUAAAUUUGGUAUCAAUUAAAAGAAAAUUUCAUAGUAAGUUUUUAAACUUAUUUCUUAAAAAAAAAAAAAAAAAAGGAAACUUAGAACUUGAAAACAUGAAAUGAACCCCCCCCCCCCCAACCCUUUGAUGCAGGCAUACAUCAUCUUCACUGCUAUUACUCAAAUCAUUUGACACUACCACUACGGAAUCUUGUGAUGGAUCUAAAUCUAAUUCAUCUUCAGUAUCAAUAGAAAAAUAGAAAUAGUAUGAAACAUUUUCUAAGUUUGUUGAGCUGUUAAUUGUCUAGAAACAUUACUCACCCCACUAAGGGCUGGGGUAGCCAUAGCAACAGUAUCGAUCAACAAAAAAAAAAAAAAAAAAGAGAAGAGUAUUAACAAAAUCAUACUUGAAAUAACAACUACUAAACCUUGCUUUUACUCAUAAACUAUAAAGUACCACUCUUCUAUGUAAAAGUCUAAAUAAAAAAAUAGCUCUUAAGAAAUUUAACAGAGAAAUAGCAAUGAAACAACACACAGUGCUUGGUCUGUGCUUUUUGGCUCGACGGAUGAACCUACUGUGUUUUGUGCAGCAGCGAUGGAGUUAAAGCUUGAAAAAAAUGUUAAACAGAUUCAUUGAACCUCUCCGAUGUGUGAUUGUGAUAAAAAAUAAUUUGACAUGUAUAACUAAAAAUUAAAACGAGAAAUUUGCUAGUGGAAAAUUCGAAUGCAAUUGCAUUACAGGAAAAAGUAUUAUUUGAAUCCUAACUUAGGAAUUGUAUACAGAAAAGUGUAAGUACCGUUUAAAAGUAGACUUUUCAGUACAAUGGUGAUGGUGAGUAUGUUCAUGUUUGUAAAUAAAUGUGACGGGGGGGGGGGGGCAGUUUUAAUAAAAAACAACUAAAAUAUAGGUAAUUAAUAAGACCCAGAGCAUAAUUUUUGGAUGAAAAACUAAACGGGUAUUUGCAUCUCUGCAUUUGGAAUUUAUCAAAAAUAAUUCUGUGGAGGGGCUAUAUUUCUGGGAAUGGCCAUCAUAUUAAACAAAAGUUUUUUUAAAACAACAAAAGUUUUUUUUAAAACUUAAAGUACCAGCAAUUGACAUGCAGUGGAGUAGAAAGGGGGCGGUCUGUCCCUGGGCGCGGCAAGCCAAUAAGAUAUUAUAUUUUUUUGAGGGUGCCCCAUCAGAGCAAUUGCCUAGGUGCCUCCUGGGGUCUUAAUCCUGUACUGUACAUUCCUUAUACUCUUGUUAGUAAUGUUGGUUGCACUAACAAAUAUUACGUAAGAAGUUUCAGAACAUUAUUUCAGACUGAUUAUUGGAUUUAAUUUUUUUUACCAGCCGUGUCAGUAAUGGCAAAUUUUAUUUGACAUUCAAGAUAUUGACAAAUAUGCAUUUUAAAAUUUCUUAAAAUUUUAGUGUUGAAGUUAUGCCACGUCUGCAGGUGCAUACAGUUGAGACACUAGAAGCAUGUGUUCAUGAGGUGAGAAUUAUAAAUAAAUAUACACAUAUUUUCCAGAUAUCUUAAACCUUUUUUUUUAUUAUAUGAAAAGCAAUUUAUAUGCAAAAAAAUAUCAUGUAUAUUUUUUUAAUGUUCUUUAAAGCUCUUUUCUUUCCACAGGUUGCUAUCCCACCAGAUGAUGAGUAUGUUCCGCUGAAACCCCCAACCACUGAGCCAGCCAAAGAAUAUCCUUUCACACUUGAUCCCUUUCAAAAAGAGGCAAUUCUUUGUCUGGAAAAUAAUCAGUCAGUUUUAGUGUCAGCUCACACCUCUGCUGGAAAAACUGUGGUGGCUGUGUAAGUAUCUGGCCAUGGUCUUUUGAAUUAUUGGUGACUUCCUUGCUUAUUAUGCUUUUUGUGUAUGAAAUAUUUGACAUGAACAACUUUAAACACUACUUACUUCUGUUAUUCGGUGGAUAAGUUAACAGUUCCAAACAACUAGUGCAAUAAAUAUUCAAACACUGUCAAACUGAUACAUAAGCUGUAUGUCACUUUCGAUGCAUUUCCAAAGAUCAUGCAUCAUUUAUAAUUUUCUGCUUUUUGAAAAAUCCUUUCUCAGGGUGGUAUCAAUUGAAAAUUAUCCAACAUUUACAUAAUCACAGUUUUUUAAUUUAAUUUAUCCAAUUUUGUUGCAGAUAUGCCAUUGCACUGUCACUGCGCAGCAAACAGAGAGUGAUCUAUACAACACCCAUCAAGGCUUUGAGUAACCAAAAAUACAGAGAGUUGUAUGAAGAAUUUACAGAUGUGGGUCUAAUGACAGGAGAUGUGACAAUCAACCCUACAGCCAGCUGUCUUGUCAUGACAACAGAGGUUUGGAAAACAGUUUUUGUGAUCUUCUGUUUUUUAUAGGAAAUAGUAGAACAAGAUAGGUGAAAGCUUGACACCGCAACACCGAUAUCACUAUAAUACAGUCACUGAUAUAUAUGUGGACCAGAGUGUCUAAUCUAAUUAGAAAAGUUUUUAGCAGUCCAUAGAAAUUAUAUAUUUGACCAUAACCAGAUCUUAUGAAUAAUGUUGGCAUAGGUUUGCCUUUGUUAAAGUUAACACAGGCCAUCUUUAAUACUGGAUUUGCUUACAAUUUGUCUUCCAUUUAUUUGAUUCCCUGCAGAUUCUGAGGAGUAUGUUGUAUCGUGGAUCUGAAGUGAUGAGGGAAGUGGCUUGGGUCAUCUUUGAUGAAAUUCAUUACAUGAGAGAUAAAGGUGAUGAAACAAUUUCAUUUUAGUACCAACAUGAUUUCUUACACUUGUCAUUUCUUACACUGGACCGCUUUAUUUGUUGAUAUUUUUCACAACAUUCACCAAUAGAAUUUUGUAUUGGUUUUAUUUACAGAACGUGGUGUUGUCUGGGAGGAAACCAUUAUUUUAUUGCCUGACAAUGUGCACUACGUGUUCCUCUCUGCCACCAUUCCUAAUGCUAGGCAAUUUGCUGAAUGGAUCUGUCACUUGCAUCGGCAGGUAAUGAGUUUUUCUUACAAUUAGAUUGAUGAAAUUAGAUAAAGUGCCAGCAAUGAAGAAGUUAUAGAAAGCAUUUUUGUCUAAAUGCUUGGAUUUAAAUAAAUUUGUUAAAUUGAAUUAGUUUUCCUGAAGACGGAAUAGGAGACAUCUAAAAAAAAUUUAUUUUAUUGGGAUUUCUGUGUAACUACUAACUUAUUCUGUAAUUCUUCAAUUCAUUGAAUGCUUUUAAAACACUUUCAAUUAUCAUUUUUUAUUUUUUUUUCAAUCCUAUGGAAAAGUAAAUGAUUUUCAUUUUAAGAUAAGAUUCUUUUAUUGAUCCAAGCAAAUGGAAAUGUUUUUUAUUAAAUUGUACAUAUAAAAUUUCAACACAUAAAUAAAUACAUAUUUUAAUAACGUUGACACUUUCCAGCUAAAACAAUGUAAACACAAGACUGCAUUAAAUUAUUUCUUUAGUGUAAGAAACAGCCAAUCAGUGAACUCCCUUAGUCAUUAUAGGGACUUAAUUACUGAUCAUUUUUCAGCCAUGCCAUGUUGUCUACACUGAUUACAGACCUAUUCCUCUUCAACACUACAUAUUUCCUGCUGGUGGUGAUGGACUGCACUUGGUGGUGGAUGAAAAUGUAAGUUGUUUCAACACUUCAAAUUUAAUUGAAAACCAUUAGAUCCCCCCCCCCCCCCUCUCUUCCCCCAUUUUAUAAUUUGUUUAACCUCCAAAAUGUUUAUUUAUAAACCUAUAUGGUGGAUGAAAAUUUAAGUUUUUUCAACACUUCAAAUUUAAUUGAAAACCAUUAGAUCCCCCCCCCCCCCCUCUCUUCCCCCAUUUUAUAAUUUGUUUAACCUCCAAAAUGUUUAUUUAUAAACCUAUAUAUAUAUAUAUAUAUGUUCAUAUAUUAGAUUUAAGGAAUUAAACCAAAUUGUUGAUCAUAUCCCCAUGGACUAGUGUCAUUUUUUUCUGUUUAGCAACAAUUUUCACAGAAAGUUACGUUUUAGAUUUAUAAUAUAAAAGUGAUAAGAAUUGUUUUUAAAUUAACAAGAAACUUACCAAAAAAAACAUCACAAAUUUGCUCAUUGAGUAUGUAGGUGAAAAGUGAAUGGCUAUCUUGAUUCAUAUGGAACAUCAUUAGUACCCUUUAAGACUAAUGAUGUAAAUUAAAUGUAUGCUUUUUUUAUUAGUUCUUCUGAUAGUUGUCAAUUGCAAGCCCCAAUACAGUGCCAGUUGAAUAUAAAAAAAAUUAGAAUAGUGGAACUACAAAAUGUAGAUGAAGACAUUUUCAUUGCAGAUAUAAUAAAAUUUAAGGAAACAUUUUUUUAAAAAAUAGUAGACAUUGUUGAAAAUGAAGUUGGUAACAUGAGAGUCAAAAUGUACAUUGUAUUGAUAUGUUUUGGCAUUCAUUUUACCCUUAUUCGUUUUAAUAAUUUUUAUAUUUCAUAUAGAUAAAGCUCUAAGGGGUGCCCUGCUAUGUGGCAGCCUUACAGAGAGUUACGGGCAGUGCAGUUUUAACAACUUUAAAUUUAUUAAAAGUCCAUCAUGAAAUAAAAUGUUUGCUUUUUUGCUCACACUCCGUUUAGGGUGAUUUUAGGGAAGAAAAUUUCAAUACAGCCAUGUCAGUGCUACGAGAUGCUGGCGAUGCAGCCAAAGGAGAUCAGAGAGGGAGACGAGGCGGGAGUAAAGGUGAAUUUAAUUUCAAUUGUAUUUUUGUAUUUUUUUAUGAAUACAACAUUUGAAUAAUUGGAAUAUUCAGAAAGGAGUCUUUUUAAAAAAAUUUUUUUUGCAGAAAGUAAAUAUUAAACACGAAAAUCGCUGUUUUCUUUAUUUGCUUCGCUUGCAUUUUUGCAGUUAUGUUGUACCAUAUAUCUUAUCAAACAUAUGUUUUUGUUUUUCAGCAAAUGAGUCAGAUUGCUACAAAAUAGUAAAGCUCAUCAUGGAAAGAAACUUUGCUCCGGUUAUCGUCUUCAGUUUUAGCCGCAAAGACUGUGAAGGUUAUGGAAUGCAAAUGUCCAAGUUGGAUUUCAACACGGGUAAUUUAAAUAUUUUAUGAAUAUUCAGUUAUAAUAGAUUGAAUUCAUUAACAUUGUUAUUUUCAUGUAUUGCUCUUGAAUAUUAUAAAGUCUCUCCUAUUUUUGUUGUUGAUAGAUGAAGAAAAAACUUUAGUUGAAGAGGUCUUUAACAAUGCAGUUGAUGCCCUGUCAGAUGAAGACAAAAAGCUGCCUCAGGUACAAUUUCUUUUUACUGAUUAUUUUUUUUAUUGCAUCUUGUAUGCUCACAAGGUUAUGAUGGUCUUAUAAAAAACCAAACUAACAUAUUGAAAUAAUUAUUAUGUUUAUCUUUCCUUGUUUUAAAUUAUUGUAAAUAUCAAAUCAAUUUUCUUUUGUUUAUCUUUGAAAAGGUUGAACAUGUUCUCCCUCUUCUGAGGAAGGGUAUUGGAAUCCAUCACUCUGGACUUUUGCCUCUUCUUAAGGAGACAAUUGAGAUACUUUUCUCAGAAGGUUUGAUUAAGGUGAUGAAAUUGUUUUUGUCUUUUGUUUUCUAUUUACAUUUUUCGGACUGGAAUUAUUCAUCUUCUUAAUAAGUUUUAUUUCAAUUUAGCAUGUGCCAUUAUAGAAGUGAUAGUUUAUUUUUUGGGCCUCUAAUUAUGUUUAUCUCUUUGUAGGUUCAUUGGGUAUUGCCCAUUUUUGUAGACACUUUUUAUAAUAAUAUCAAUUACAAUAAAAAAAAAAAAAGCUAUUGUAAAAUUUAAAUAUUUUAUUUCAGGCACUAUUUGCUACAGAGACUUUUGCCAUGGGUCUGAAUAUGCCCGCCAGAACUGUCCUGUUUACUGGUUGUCGCAAAUUUGAUGGAAAAGAUUUCAGAACUGUAAGAGAGCUCGUUAUCAAUCAUUAAUUUGUAUUUUAUUAUUUGAAAUGAUCUGACAUGUUCUAAUGCGGAUGUGGAUUUUAUAUUUGUUCUGACCUUUUUUGCACACAGCUUUUCCAUGGAAAAGAAUAAUGUCAGUUUUAUAAUUGACACAGUACGAAAUCUUAGUUUUAUUAUUUAGUGAGUCAGGUAAUUUGUUGUAAGCAAUCCAUUUUCACUAUUACACUCUUAAGUAAAAAAAUAUUUAAGGCUUAAAUAUUGAAUAAUUUGUUUAUUUUCAUUGAACUUUCGAGUCUUUAAUCCAUCAACUUAAUUAUUCUUUAAAAAGCUUGUUCAUUUUAUUCUGUUACCUGUAGGUCACGUCAGGUGAAUACAUUCAAAUGUCUGGUCGAGCCGGGCGUAGAGGUUUGGAUGAAAGAGGUAUUGUCAUUAUGAUGGUAGAUGAAAAAAUCACCCCUGAUGUCGGCAAAGCUAUUUUGAAGGUAUCAAUUAAAAAUAUUGGCAUUUUACAGUUUUUGUUGCAGUUGCCAUUAAAAAAAAUGAUAAGUUCAUUAAAUCAGACCGGCAAUAACAGAUCUUUGCAUUGUUGUUAUAAGCGGACAAUGAAACACUCUUUUCUGAUAUCAAUUUUGUAUCUGUUAACGAACAUUUUAAAAACGGUCUAAAUUAAUUCUUAGAAGUCGAUUUUUACCAGAUUCACUGGGUCCAUGAACAAUGCAUUUUUAUGUAGUGUAUAAAAUAAUCAAAACCUGUGUCUCUACUUUUUCUCUUAUAAAUAUGCUUCCUGAUAAUACAGUUAAUAUAAUAAAUAAAAUAAGGCCUGUCACACAGCUCCUUGUGUAUAGCUCAAAUAAUCAUGCUUGCUGUUACUCCAGGGUAAGAACUCUUUGUGUAUAGCUCAAAUAAUCAUGCUUGCUGUUGCCCCAGGGGGAGAACUCCUUGUGUAUAGCUCAAAUAAUCAUGCUUGCUGUUGCCCCAGGGGGAGAACUCCUUGUGUAUAGCUCAAAUAAUCAUGCUUGCUGUUGCCCCAGGGGGAGAACUCUUUGUGUAUAGCUCAAAUAAUCAUGCUUGCUGUUGCCCCAGGGGGAGAACUCCUUGUGUAUAGCUCAAAUAAUCAUGCUUGCUGUUGCUCCAGGGGGAUCCUGACCCACUCAACUCUGCCUUCCACUUGACCUACAACAUGGUCCUAAAUUUGCUGAGGGUUGAAGAGAUCAACCCUGAGUACAUGCUAGAGAGAUCAUUCUUUCAAUUCCAGAAUUACGCUGCCAUUCCUGAUCUUUUAGAGAGUGAGUUCACCAAUUCAAGAGUUGUCAUUUUUAUAAAUAUUUUCAGUAUUUAAGAUUAAAUCAUGGUUUGUAUUUUCAGUUCAUGUUGGCAUUUUAAAUUAAAACAACUGCUUCUGCACCUCAGUAUCCUGUAUAAUUUGACAAUUUCUUGAAUUGUUACCUCUCUUUGACCAGGACUACAAGUUAAAGAACAAGCUUAUAAAGCACUCGCUGUGGAUGAUGAGGAUUCUGUAUCAGCAUACUACAGAAUCCGCCAGCAGCUUGAUACACUGGGUAGAGAACUGCGACAUUUCAUUCUUAAACCAACUUACUUGCUGCCAUUCCUUCAGCCUGGGAGAGUGGUGAAGGUAAAGCCUUAUCUUGUUGACUGUCAUAGAGUUAUUUUGCAUACAUAUAUAUUUGAUGGCAAUGUUUUAUAGCAAAAUUUUCAGCUCCGUUUUUGGCUGUCUGGAGUGAUAAUUGAUUUGACAUAAAAACAUCUGCAGUGACAUUUUAUUUAACAAAAACACGACCAGAGCGACAAUUUGUCAUUGGAGUGACCACAUGUAAUUUCUUUUUUUCCAUUACAGGUGAAAAAUGAAGACUUGGAUUUUGGUUGGGGAAUUGUGCUUAAUUUUCACAAGAAAAUGGACCAAUCUGCUGUAAGUUUGUAAAAGUUAAAAUCUAUUAUCUAAAUAUAGCUAGAGUGAGAAUUUGAAUUAAGCUAGCUUAACUACUUUAGGGACGAAUGGCCAAAAGGACAAAUGGCAGAUCCAUCAGCCCAAUAAUUCAAGUCUCGAAAUAGGCAGGCUGGUCUUGGAACCAGCUAAUUGGAUUGCUUUUACAUCCUGGCAUUUUAAUGACAGCUUCCAUUUAUUGUUUACUAGCUUUUGUUGUUGUGUUCAGCAAUUUUUGUUGUCGUUGCAAGUAAUUUUGUAAAAUUCCAAAAUGUAUGACGUGACACUGAUCAAACUAUCCUUAGUGAUUCUGACAUUUCUCACUGCCUAGCAGUGGAACUGACACCGAUGAAAACAACAAGGAAAGUAAUGAAGACUAUCAAACCGAGGAUGUUAAUAAUGUUGUGAACCCUUGGUUAAGGAUAAGGGGUCCCGAACUUGAUAGAGAUUAAUUUUUAGAAAAUAUAUGACAUAAGCACACCUAUUGAGUACUUCUUGCUACUUUUUACACUAAAUAUCAUUCAAAUGUUUGUGUGAGAGACCAAUAGUUAUGCUGACAACUUUCUCAGUAAUACCCAGCUCAAGAGAAGGUCCCAAAGUCAUAAAUGGGUGCCUUUUACAGUGAGUGAUAUAAAAGCAUUUACUUACCAUGAUUUUGAACAUGGGCAAUCUUAUUGGCGUACAUCAAGCUCACAGAAAACACCUUGGUUUCCCCAAGUCAUGGGCAGAGAUAGGUUUGAAUUAAUCUUGAAACUUUUUUCACGUGGUUGACAGCACAGGUUUGCCUAGUCCUGGAUAAGAUUGUUUUGGCCCAUGAGCAGGAUUUAAUCCUUUAGUUUAACAUUCAAAUUAUGUUUUUCAACAAUAUUAUAAAGGGGUGGGGGUGGAGGGGUAGAACCAUGUGUCUGAAAGUUUGAUUCAUAAAGAUUGGAUUAGUUCAUUCAAUUUUCUCCAUGUAAAGGAAAUAGUUUAUUUUUUAUAAUUUUUUUGCAAUGUGAGUGCUCAGCUUGUAAAAAGGGCUUUGUCUUCUUGGCAGAGACACUCCAAAAAGGCUCUGUUCUAAAAAUAGUUAUCUAGUAAGGAAGUUUCUCUGUAUCGUCAUUUAUCCAACCCUGUAUUAAUAUGUUUGUUUAUAUAUUGCAUUUAAAUUUGUAAGGUUAUCAAUUUCAUAAAUGUUGAUGAUAUUAAUCCUUGAAGGCUACUGCAGAGACUGGUACACUGUAUGUUGUUGAAAUUUUGCUGAAUCUCACAAAAGACAGCCUUAAGACUCGUUCAUCUGCAGAGAUCAGACCUUGUCCUAAAGGUGAAAAGGGAGAGAUGCAGGUAACUGAUUUGUUCAACAGCAGAUCUUUUAAAACAUUUUGUUUCACAUAAUCAUUAUUUUUAUUUUUUAAUAUUUAUGCACUAUUUAAAUAAAUAUAAAAUUGUCGAAAAUCGUGUUUUAAAGAUUUAAAUGAUCAGCAUUUCUCUUAGGUAAUACUUUCAGAUUGUCUCAUUUCAUGAAGACCACCAGAGGAUGUGUCUUAAUUGGAUGAAUUAAGUUCUGUUAUAAAUCACUUGUAACGAAUGUGGCCGACCCAAAAAGGCCUUACUAGACACUUUAAUAGCGAGUAAAUGGUUUGCGGGCUCCAUGUCAUUACACCAUAUAUUAACCUAUAAAACAACAACCAAUAAAUGCAGCAUAGAAAUGCUUAUCAAUUCUUAAUGUACGUAAUGAGAAUCUAAAUAAAAAACAACAGAAUUUAACUAUACUAAAGCGAUGCCAUUUUACCUUUAAUUUUAAAAUAAAAAUCGAUUUCUGUGUCAUUUGAAUGAAAAACAAACAAGUUUAUUGGUGAUAAAACACAUUCGCGGGCUGUAAUAUUUGACACAGGGCUGGAGGUUGGCCACCACUGUCAUAUAAAAAAAAACUUCAUAGUAAGAGUAAGGCCUCCAUUAAAAAACUUGAAAAGAUACAAACUUUAUGAUAUGAUUUUAUUUUGAUUUUUUUAAUAUAUUUUAUAAUUUCUACCUGAUUAAGGGAUUUUAUCAUGUCUUGAUGUCAAUGUUUUUUUUUUUCAUAUUUAGUUCCCAGAAUUAUGAUUCAUAUAUUAUGUCUCAAAUAAAUGUUACCCUUCCUUUUCGUUGUUUUCAGCCAUUUCAUUCAUUUACGCACUAUUAUAUUGAUAGGUUGUUCCAAUACUGACUCGACUGAUUGAUUCUGUCAGUGCCAUUAGGUUGUACAUACCCAAUGAUCUGAGAUCGACCGACAGCCGCUUCCUUGUUCUUAAAUCAUUACAGGUGAUUGAAAUAAACAUGUUAAAUCAAUUCUUUUCAUUAAUGAAAAAAAAUUAAUAUGUUCAACAAAAGUAUGGACAUAUUUUGGAAGUAUAACAUUUAGAAAUAAGCUUUGUAAUUCAAAUAUUGUACUUGAAAUAUCAUUUAAAUGAUUCAAAGUUUUGACGAAAUGAUUCUUAGAUAUUUCUUUUAUAUUCAUUACUAUUGAUGGCUAAUAUAAAUUUUUAGGAAGUGGAAAAAAGAUUUCCUGAUGGUUUACCCCUGCUGGAUCCUAUUGAGGAUAUGGGCAUUAAAGAAAAGUCUUUGCUUGACACCAUUAAGGUACUGCAGCAACUCAUCUCUUGGCUUUCAUUACUACAUUAAAUUCAUCAACUCUUAUAAAAAUUAAAUUUACUGGAUAAUUUUAUUUUAAAAAUACUAAUUAUUUAGCCUGUCUUAAAGCUUAACGGAAAAUUCGCAAUGAUAUGAGCUGUUCUAUUAUUAAAUAAAUAUAUAAACGUUUCCAUUGAAAGUAAGUUUCAUAUAAUUUAAAUGGGUACAUUUGUUUACUCUGAAUGUUUCUUUCCUGCUACAGAAAAUUGAAGCAUUUGAACACCGCCUGUAUUCUCAUCCUCUACACAAAGACAGUCGACUGGCAGAGCUGUACGAACAGUUUGAGAAAAAGUCUAAAGUAAGUUUCACUUUUAGCUGGUCAUGUUGUUGCCUAAGCGAAAUGAGUUUGAAAACACUCUUUGGGAAAAUUAAUUAUUUAAUUUGUUUUUACUGAUAAAUUGUUUCUUCUCUUUUAAAGCUAGCUAAUGACAUCAAAGCUUUAAAGAUGGAGCUUAAGAAAAAGAAGUCUUUGCUUCAAAUGGAUGAGCUCAAAUGUCGUAAGCGGGUUCUUCGUAGAAUGGGUUACUGCACUGCCUCUGAUGUCAUUGAGCUAAAGGGAAGAGUUGCAUGUGAAAUUAGCAGGUGAGUUGUGAGUUAUGGUCGGCUGAUGUUAAGUUUAAAAAUAGAUGAAUAUUUUAUAAACCAACCUCUUCCCUUUGUUGCUAUGAUUAAGAUAACUUAACCCUUUCACUGCCACAGGUACAUUAAUGUGGUUUGGACAACAUAACCCUUUAACUGGCACAUGUACAUUAAAGUGGUUUUGACAAGUUAACCCUUUUACUGGCUCAUGUUUUGUCCAUUAAAGUGUUUUAGACACUCCUAUGCAGGAGAGUAUUUAAAUUAUUACUAGCAUCAUCUUUUUUAUACAGUGGAUUUCUUUUAGAUUCUGCUCAUAUGCAUAAAAGAAAGGAAGGAAAUGCAUAAUCUGGUUUUCCGUAAAGCAUGCUUGGCAGUGAGAUUGACCAAUUGUUAUUAAGUUUUUUAAUUUUAAUUCCUCUGUUAAGUCAGGAUAGCAAAUUAUAUUCCUACCAGCUAUUUUCAUCAAAGUUAGAAAUAAAUCUUUGAAAAAAUUGGCUCAGUUCUAACAUAACACAGUAGGCCAAAUUAGAAAAAGGACAGGAUUGUAAUUGUAAUGGAAUAUAUUUCAACUAUUAAAUAGUAUUUUUGAUUCACAACUUCAUUUGGUCUCCACGAAAUACAAGUAUCUUUUGGUUAUCAUUGAAAAUUUGUUGCAUUUUUGUUACAAUCUCAUUUCUCAUGGAAGCUCUGCACUUUGAAAUGUUAUGACUUACUACAUGAAAGACAUUCCAUGUGUGUCAAACUUACAGUCAUUGUUUUCAUUAUUGGUACUUUUGUCUUACUUCACUACAUACACAGCCAUGUUUGGUUCACACUUUAAAAGCAACAACCAACGUUCAAUCAAAGUAUAACAAUUCUUCAUUAUCACAGAAACUGGCUGUUGACAAAAGAUCUUUACAAAAUCUUCACUAGACUGCUCUUAUCCUCACACCACUCUAGCUUGUCCUUCCCACUACAAUCAUCUCUCAGCAUACUGACACAACUCACCCUCACAAAAACCUCUCACCAACAAACUAACCUUGCAUCGCCUGACCAAUCACAACUCGCCCUCACAAAAACUGCUCACCAAUGAACUAACCUUGUAUUGCCUAACAAAUUAGAACUCGCCCUCACAAAAACCUCUCAACUAUUCAUGAUCCACAACUUUCAUAAACAAACAAUCACACUCCCAAAUUAGUUCAUACCAAUUUCAUUUAAAUGAUUUAUUGUGAGCUGUAUAAUCCUUUGAAAUGUGCUUCAGCGGUGAUGAGCUUCUACUGACAGAACUGCUCUUUAAUGGCGUGUUCAAUGAGCUGACCCCCCAACAGGCUUGUGCUCUUAUCAGCUGUUUUGUGUUCCAAGAAAAAGCUUCGGAGACCCCCAAACUGGGAGAGGAGCUUGCUGGUCCUCUGAGGAUUAUGCAGGUUAGUUCAGUCACUUUGGUUGUUCAAGUUCAUCAAGCUCAUUGAUUUCUUGUGUAUCAGCUUUCUAUGAAAGGAAUUUUAAAUACUGCCAAAGACAUGAAUUGUGACAUGACCAUAAGGAUGACCAACUUGAGCUACACAGGCUGAUGGCAAUUACUUUUUUGGUGUUCAUUUCUGGUGAUUCAAAAAGAAAAAUGUUAAACUGUAAAGCCAAGCCAAAAAUUUAAAGGGAAGUGGAUUGGAACUUACAUAAAUAUGUUUUCUUACUUCAGAGCAAAAUAAUUAAUUAUAUACAAUUUUUUAUCAAAUGCAAAGAAAGAAAACAAAAAUUAUAUUAAAAUCAUAUUAAAACCCUCUAGAUUUACAGCUUGUAACCAUUUUCUGUUGGCCUAUCAGCCAAUUAAUUUGUCAAAAAAGCAGUUAAAAAUCUUCAAAUGAGCGCCUAGAACUAUUACCUGUUUAUCUGUAUAGGAAUCAGUACAAUACAAGUUUCAGCUCCCGUUUGCUUUUCUUAGAUGUCGUAACAUUUAUAUUAUGUAACUUUUAAUGGAUGGAGGCGUUUGUGGUUUAAUAAAGUUACUCAUAAACAUUAGCUAAUAAUGUGCUGAUUUCGUCAAUGUAGGCCAUGGUUUGCAGAUACUAUUAUAUUCAACUACACAAUGACUGUCUCUCUCUCUCUGAUAAGAAGCAACAAUGUCCAAUGUACACUACACAGUACUUUAUUAUAAAUACUAAAUAAAUCACAUGAUUCCUUGACAUCCGGAUAAUGUAACAAUUAUAGUCACAACGUAGAGAAUGUAUAUACACACACGUUCAUUACAUUAUCUAAUAUCAAUUCAGUAAAUCCAUUUGAGAAAUCCAAUAUGUCCUCUCUCGUUAUCCCGUUCACUCCCGCUCUAGGUAAAACAUGAUUUCUGCAACAAAAACUAGUUCCUUCUUUCUUGUGCUAUUCAUUCUUCAAAUGUCAAAUCACCACAUCAUUGUGCUGUGAGAAUAAAUAUUUGUGUCAUGUGAAAAAAUCAUAGGUAACUUGGUCUGUUACAAAUGUUAUUAAUUGUUUUCACAAUGUCACAAGUAGUUGUCAUACAUAAUAGACUGAUGAAACUUAAAGCUGCACGCUAAAUAAUCAUACCAUAACACCGCCUUGUUUUGAAAUUUAUAAUGUCCCUUUGAAAUUACUCUAAAUCUAUUCCUUGUCACAUUGUUACUUUAACAGUUAAACUUACUUCCAACAAGAUACUGCUCAUCCCAUUGUUACUUUUCUGUUAAACUUACGUCUCGCUGGAUACUGCUCAUCCCAUUGUUACUUUAACUGUUAAACUUAAGUCUCACUGGAUACUGCUCAUCCCAUUGUUACUUUAACAGUUAAACUUACUUCCAACAGGAUACUGCUCGUCGCAUUGCUCGCAUCAGUAAAGAAGCUAAACUAGAGUUGGAUGAAGAGGUUUAUGUGGAUUCAUUUCGACCACAUCUCAUGGAUGUAGUGAAUGCUUGGUGCAAUGGAUCAACUUUUGCAAACAUUUGCAAGAUGACUGAUGUCUUUGAAGGUAGUUUUCUUUGUAGAAUGACUGAUGUCUUUGAAUGUAAUUUUUUUUGUAGAAUGACUGAUGUCUUUGAAGGUAAUUUUUGUUAGAAUGAGGAUGUCUUUCAAGGUACAUAUUUUCUAGGCCCUUAUUCCCCACUGAAAAAUACUAUUAAAACUACCUGUUACUUAUAAAAUUAUGAUCUUCAUUUUCUGUUUUCCACCUGUGUUCAAUAUAUAUAAUGCAAAUAAUAAUACAAAGAUUGAUUUCUUUGAAAUAUGAAUAAUUUCUUUUUAACGAUAUGCCCACUGUGGUAAGGAUUUAUUUAGAUAUGUGUUGGAAAUUGUUGAGAUGUAGAUCUCAAUGUUGAAUAGUCAUCUAAUCUUAAUGUCAGGCGACUAUUUGUUUUGGUAUUGUCUCCCGCCGUAUCACAAACAAUUCACCACAAAACUGUAUAGUCCAGUUCACGCUAUAAGUUGUUUCACUUUAUCACAACAUGGAGUAGUCAUGUACACUGUACAUCCACUUGGGACACAAAAGCAUUACUACUUAAAGUAUGUCCAACAGAACUCAGCAACACACACGUGACAAGCUAGACUGUCAAUAUCAUCCAACUCUUGUGCACUGCCAUCCUUCCACACCAUAACAAUAAAAACUAACACAUCAUUUCCCCUUACCCAAAUAUGUCACAACAAUCUCAACUUAAGAGAUACAGCUACACAGAUACUCUCUACGCUAAACAUCUUUUCCAUACCAAACAUAACAACAGUGAUUCUCACACCCUUGACAGAAAUGAAUAGCAUUUUUUUUGAUAUUAUGAAGCAGAAUUUCACCUAAAAAGUAUGGAGAGAUGAAUGAUCCAAUCGGCUACAUAAAACCUAAUUUUAAAAAAAAAUUCACUUCCCUUGGGUGAUUUAUAUUCUAAGCACCCGGAUAAGUUAUUAUUAUGUUAGAUGUUUGUAAAAAUAUUUUGAUUUUCAUGUUUGAUAUUUCAGGCAGCAUCAUUCGUGCUAUGAGGCGACUGGAAGAGACCCUACGCCAAAUGGUACAGGCAGCAAAAGCUAUCGGUAACACUGAAUUGGAAAACAAAUUUUCAGAAGGUUAGUCACAUUUGGAAGAUUUUCUUGCAUUCUGAGACCUUCUUGUUGAAUUUUUACCCGCUGCAUUGCGCCACAUAUAUACACCAUACAUAUACACCACACGACCAAAUGGUUUGUCUUAAAGGUCUACAAAGGUAUACGUUAAGCUUUGGGUGAAAAGCCGGUAUUUGAUUUCUACUCAAAGCGCUUCAGGCUAGUCUAGUCUAUAGGAUUGACUUUCACAAAGAACAAAAAUAGCAAUGCAAUGAGUCUAAGUAGAUUGGUGGAUGCCUGUUUUCUACAACUCUGUUUAAAGCAUCAUUUGAUCAUGACAUUAUCCAUGCUUUAUAUCAAGCCUUUGGCUCGUUGAAAAUAUCUCUUUGAUAUUGGUCGUCAUUGAUCUGUUUCAUCUUUACCAUUUGACAACAUGGCCUCAAGCCUCUUAUACAUUUUCAAACUAUUUGCAAUUUUCCAUGAUGUUAUGCCACUGUACUUGAAAAUGUAUUUCUAAAUAUACAAAGGAAAUAAAAGUAGAAAAAAAACAACAAAGAACAGCCAACUAUUAAAUGACAUUAGUAUGGUCUCUUUUAGCCACAUGGACAUUUGUAUGGUCUCUUUUAGCCACAUGAGCAUUUGUAUGGUCUCUUUUAGCCACAUGGGCAUUUGUAUGGUCUCUUUUAGCCACAUGGACAUUAGUAUGGUCUCUUUUAGCCACAUGGACAUUUGUAUGGUCUCUUUUAGCCAUACGGACAUUUGUAUGGUCUCUUUUAGCCAUAUGGACAUUUGUAUGGUCUCUUUUAGCCACAUGGACAUUUGUAUGGUCUCUUUUAGCCAUAUGGACAUUUGUAUGGUCUCUUUUAGCCAUAUGGGCAUUUGUAUGAUCUCUUAGCCACAUGGACAUUUGUAUGGUCUCUUUUAGCCACAUGGGCAUUUGUAUGGUCUCUUUUAGCCACAUGGGCAUUUGUAUGGUCUCUUUUUGCCACAUAGGCAUUUGUAUGGUCUCUUUUAGCCACAUGGAUAUUUGUAUGGUCUCUUUUAGCCACAUGGACAUUUGUAUGGUCUCUUUUAGCCACAUGGACAUCACUAUCUCUUUUAGCCAAAUGGACAUUUGUAUGGUAUCUUUUAGCCACAUGGACAUUACUAUCUGUUAGCCACAUUGAUAUAACUAUCUCUUUUAGCCACAUUGAUAUAACUAUCUCUUUUAGCCACAUUGACAUUACUAUCUCUUUUAGCCACAUUGAUAUAAAUAUCUCUUUUAGCCACAUUGACAUUACUAUCUCUUUUAGCCAAAUUGAUAUAACUAACUCUUUUUGUCACAUUGACAUUACUAUCUCUUUUAGCUACAUGGACAUUUGUAUGGUCUCUUUUAGCCACACACAUUUGUAUGGUCUCUUUUAGCCACAUUGACAGUAAUAUCUCUUUUAGGCUCACGGACUUUUGUGUGGUCUCUUUAAGCCACAUGGGCAUUUGUGUGGUCUCUUUUAGACCACAGAUCACAGAUAAUACAGUUGAUUAGUCAAAUAACUUGGUUGCAAAAUAUCUAAGACAUGGUUAAGUAAGGCUAUACUUGAGCUUGUUCAUUUGAUAUCUUUGCACUGAUUAUGAACUGCUUUUCUAAUUUAAUAACAAUCGAAAAGUGUAAGUGUGGGGACUGGACAUAUUGGUGUCUCUGGUAUUGGCACACAUUUUUCCAACCUUUGCAUUGGCAGGAUGUUUGUUUAUCAGACCGGUGUUGGCCGUAGUUAGUAGGACAUCUGUUAUCAGGCUGGUGUUGGCCAUAGUUAGUGGGGACAUUUGAUAUCAGGCUGGCGUUGGUCGUAGUUAGUAGGACAUCUGUUAUCAGACCGGUGUUGGCUGUAGUUAGUAGGACAUCUUUUAUCAGGCUCUUGUUGGCUGUAGUUAGUAGGACAUCUGUUAUCAGGCUGGUGUUGGCCGUAGUUAGUGGGGACAUUUGAUAUCAGGCUGGCGUUGGUCGUAGUUAGUAGGACAUCUGUUAUCAGGCCAGUGUUGGCUGUACCUAGUAGGACAUCUGUUAUCAGGCUGGUGUUGGCUGUAGUUAGUAGGACAUCUGUUAUCAGGUUGGUGUUGGCUGUAGUUAGUGGGACAUUGGAUAUGAGACAUUCUAUGUCAGUUAUUGAUCAGUUAUGAGAAAAGAUGGAAAAAACCUCAGCAUAACAUCUCAAAUUAUUUAGUUUAAUUUAUUAGAAUAUUUUGUUCUCACAGGAUAUGUCCAGUGGGCUGAGUUUAGCUCAUGAUAAUUGUAGGGUGGGUCAUCUGGUCAAUUAUCUGAGUUAUCUCCAUGCCAGUUGCAGGAUGUUACACAAUGUUCUUAUAAUUUAUUGUAAACUGACACCCUGUAUGUUUGAUUUUUACCAGGUAUUCGACAGAUCAAGAGAGACAUUGUGUUUGCAGCAAGUUUAUAUUUGUAGUUUCAUUUCAUUCAUUUCAUCAGUCUUUUUGAUUUUUUUAAAACCAAGAACAUUCAAAUCUUUUAAAUUAACUGACUUCAAGAAUACUUAUACAGACAUGUUCCGACUCAAUUAUUGUACAUUUUACAGUUGAAUUUGUAGGAAAUUGGUGAAAGUAUGAGAAAGCCUAAAAAAUGAUGCAACAAAACAAAGAACGUGUCGGCAAGAAGCCUAACCUUCUUCCACCUAACCUUAGUGCAAUCUCUCCCCAUCAUUACCAUAACCAAAUUUGUUUUGGUACAUUUUUGCCAUCGAGUUCCAAAAACAAAUUAUCAGAAAGCUGAGAGUAAAUUACCUGGAUAGAAUUUCUAUCAUAAUCUAUUGUUCUCACCAAGUCUUGAAUUUUGCAGGUUGACAACAUGGGAAGAAAAUUGGAUUAAAACUUUUAGCAUGGAUUUUUGUGGGUUGUUUUUGGAGAUAAAUUAUUUGAGAAGCAGUUAACAAAAAUGUUUGAUGGCUAUCUAAGCCAUUUUCAGACUUGGCUACCGGUAGCAUCUUUGCUGGGCGGUGGCUGUGUACCUUGUGUUACAACACUCAGUCAUUAUAAACUAAACUUCAAUUUUACAGGUUUAUCAUCAAGUCAAGUUCAUAAAAUAAUGUAUGGAAAAAUUCUUAAUAAAGAUGUAAAGUGCUAUAUUUUAUUGUGAAUGGGGGCUUUGUGAGACUGACAGAAGCUUGAAAUGGAAUUGUCAAAUCUUAAGUGCACCAUCACUUGUCUGUUAGUUGUCCUGCACUUGUCGAGAUGGACAAGUUGCUUUAAGUGACAUUUUGUUCAUAAUCUUGUCCAAUAUAUUUAGUGACAAUAGGAAUAUCUCUGUUAUCUAUUUACUAUUAGUAAUGUAAUCUUAAGGUAAUUUGACUAAUUAAAUGAUGUGACAAUAAAGUGUUCCACUACCA